AUGGUCGGGCAGAGCAACGCGCAGGCAGGCGGCGAGGAUGGUCGGUCAGGCGGUAGUGGCGAGCGGCGGGAAGUGCCGAACCGGCAGUUCUUCCUGCAGGUGGCGAACGCGUCGACGGCCAUGCAGGUGGUGGCCGGCGAGAUCUCCGCGCUCUGCCGCCUCGCCGCCGACGGGGUGGCCAUAUCGGCCAUCAGUCCGCUGCUCAACACCUUCGCCGCCUAUCCCAGCUUCGACCCGCUUCACUUCAAGGCCGCAGCUCUCGCAGUUGCCGCCGCCGCCUCUUCGCUCCCCGGGGCCGGACCGCCCGCCGCAACUACCGCGGCUGCUGCUGCUGCGAAAGCGGUUGCGGGGCCGAGCGGCGGGAAGGAGGAGAAGGCGAAGAAGGAGAAGCGGCCGCUGUCCGCCGUGCAGAUGGCGAUGACGCAGUUCCUCUCCGAGGAGCGCGACCGCCUCCUCGCGCAGCGCGCCGCCUCCACCCCCGGCGAGGCGUACCAGAUGGCGCGGCGGCGGUGGAACGAGAUGCGCGAGGCGAACGGGCAGGGGAAGAAGAAGGGCAAGGGGAAGAAGCAUGGUGAGGACCACGAGGAGCAUGAGGAAGGCGAGGAGCGCGAGGAAGGCGAGGAAAGGGAGGAAGGUGAGGAGAGGGAGGAAGGUGAGGAAGUUGAGGAGGUGCCAAUUCAGCUGGGCGACGCGGCAAAUAAUGACAAUGUCCCUUCCCUUUAG